AUGAGGUCAGUCAGUACAUUCAACACUGGGAAGAACCUGAUGCGUUACCCCAGCUUCCUCUGUGCUACAGACAGGGGCAACAUCCUGGUGUCAGAUGAUGGCUCACACUCUGUCUACUGUAUCACACCAGAGGGAGAUGUUGUGUUCACCUACACCCCUACAGGAGAGAGGAGACUGAGUGGACCACGAGGUAUCACAACUACCAGCACAGGACACAUCCUGGUGGCGGACUGCUGGGCACACGAGGUGGUACUACUGACACCAGCAGGGGAGUUUGUCAGAGACCUGCUGACGUCACAUGAUGGACUACAGGAUCCAUACGGCUUGAUGUUCUGUGACUGUAAACUGUAUGUGGUGGAAACUAGUGGAGAUGCUGUGAAGGUAUUCAACUGCAGUAUUCCCCAGUGA